CAAGAUAGUUUCAUAUCAACCUACCAAUGCAAUAAUUUCGGCCCAUAUGCAAUCCUCUCUUUAGACCAUUUCAGUCUGACAAGUAGGUAAUCAUAGUAUAAACUACAUAUUGGAAGGACAAUACGUUUACGACUCUAAGCCGACGAUUGAAUAUUAAUUGCCCAAAGGCGUAACGUAACAGUACCGCCUAGACAUACUAAUACAACUAACAAAAUAACAACUGCGGGGGCGCUACUUAUUCAUAAGGAAUAUAUAAAGAUUGAUGCUUCUCAUCAUUCCGCUUCACCAUCUGAGCUCACCAAUUCACGCCCUUUUAUAUACCAUUUGCCGUUCCAGUCAAGUAUAAGCGAAUCAGCAAGACGCAGACCCACCGGGAUGAUGACGACAGCAGCAAGAUGCUACGCAACGAGAAUAUCAGCUAGUUGCGCCCUCCCGACUACAAGCCGCCGGUCUCCGGUCCCGGAAAGUAUUUUACGGUCCGGACCCACGACCCCCCAGAGACGAUUUAUAUUUUCCAAACUUACAAGGAUUUCACGUAUAUCUCAGACUAGGGAGUUUUCUAAUCUCCGAAAAGACAAUCCGGCAGGCAUAAAUACUACACUGUCAAGUAGCAGCCGGAAAAGAAUACAGAGUGUCAUGGCACAAAGCGCAAACACACACCACAUCGUUGUCGCUCUGGAAGCUUCAAUCGUCCCAGUUCCGCCGCUGGACCUCCCCGCGCCACAUACAUACGAGCUCCGGGAGUACGGGAGGACGCGGCCGGAAGAGGUGGCCGAGAGGGUAAAAGAUGCCGACGUAGUCAUCGUAACUAUUGUUCAGCUCAAGGCCGACAUCCUGCGGCCCGAGAUGACCCCACGCCUGAAAAUGGUAGCUGUGGUAGCAUCCGGGACCGACUGCGUGGAUCUAGCAGCAUGCAGGGCCCGGGGGAUCGUCGUGGGCAACACGCCGCAUUGCAACACUGUUUCCGUCGCCGAGCACGUCGUUGCGCUAUACUUCGCUACGAGAAGAUCGGUAGCGCUUGUACACACGAUGGUCCAGUCGGGCGAAUGGAGGAAGGAGAUGUUGCACAAUACCCUCAAUGGUCCGGAUGGCAGGGCGCCCAGGACCUGUCGGGACGAAACCCUUGGAAUCAUUGGCUAUGGUGCCGUGGGGAAGGCACUCGAGUCUACUGCUAAAAGCUUGGGUAUGAAGGUCCUUAUAUCUGGACGCAAAGGCGCUUCGACAGUGCCAGAGGGCCGCACUCCAUUCGAUACCCUGAUCCGCGAGAGCUCGGUUAUCGCGUUAUGCCUGCCGCGGUCUCCGGAGACGAUGAACAUGAUCUCCAACGCCGAACUGGACGCUAUGAAGCCCUAUGCGGUUAUAGUCAACGUUUCCCGAGGGGGUAUCGUGGAUGAGAAGGCACUUCUGACAGCCCUGAAGUCGAGAAAGAUUGCUGGUUAUGGUACAGAUGUCUACGAGCAGGAACCCGCAAAUCCUGAUAAUAGCCCUCUGGUAGGGCCUGACGUGGCUGGCCUUAACAUAGUUACUACGCCGCACGUUGCUUGGUGCGCGGGCGACACUAUCUCAAAUUACAAUAGAGCGACGAAGGAAAAUAUUGCUGGAUGGCUGACUACUGGGCAGCCAAAGUAUUCGGUGGUGUAAGGAGUGCGGGCUAUUAGGUA